GUCGCCCCUGUCGCCCCCGCCCUCUCCGAUGUCAUUGGGCCGCCGCUGCGGGGUCCACGCCACCUUUUCUCCAUCCCAGCCCGCCUGCCCAGCAGCGCUCCUCCCGGGGCUGGUGCGGCCCGGGCCGUUGACGUCACCGCCAAGUUUGCUGCCCUUGGCGCCCCACGUGUGGCGGAGGCGACGGCCCCGGAGGCGGCAGGGGAGCGCCUGCGAGCACAGUGGCCGCGGCCGCUGACAGGUCCCCCGCAGCCCGGCUCCGGCACGCCGCUCACAGGUGGGGCCCGGGAGCAGUUUGGAGCAGCCGGGCGCGCACGAAGAGGCUCCCGUUGGGGCAGAGGGACUCGGGGGGACCUCAUCCCAGGGCCCGAGGUUGCGCGCAGGCUGGCAGAGGGACGGAGGAAACAGGGAAGCACUGCCUCUGGCCGCUGUCUGGAGCGCACGGAGCUCAGCAGCCCCGGAGCCGCGCGUCCCCUCCCCGGGACCGAGCGAGGGAUGCACGAUCGCUGAGCGGAGAUCGGCGCCGAGAGGCCGCUGCGGCCGGGACUGAGACGCUCGCCUUCGCCACCGCCGCGAAGACCCCCAUUCCGGGGACUCUCAGGGAACUGGGGCGCCAAGCACUCCCCCAAGACUCAGGACUUGGGCGACUCUAAGACGAUGGUUUCUUAAGCACGGCACCACGUCCCCCUUCCCGCCCCCUCGACCGGAGGCAGGGAUCCCGCGCGGGGCUCCGGGGGCUCCGUCUUUUCUGGGAGCCCCGGCUGCCGCCUCCCUGGGCAGCUCGCACGGCCGCAGGCACGCACGGGCGAUGUGGCCUCCGUCCAGCGCGCAGGCCCUCCUGGAGGAUGUCAGGGCACCUGGCAGAGCCUAGCAUGGCCCGCGCGCUGCCCGACGUCGCCUCCGGCUAGGAUGGCCCCUCCGGGCCCGGCCGGCGCCCACCCCACCUCGGCCGAGCCUCUGUCCCGCAGCAUCUUCCGGAAGUUCUUGCUGAUGCUCUGCUCCCUGCUCACAUCCCUUUACGUUUUCUACUGCCUGGCCGAGCGCUGCCAGACCCUGUCGGGCCCCGUCGUGGGGCUGUCCGGCGGCGGCGAGGAGGCGGGGACCCCGGGUCGGGGCGUCCUGGCCGGAGGCCCGAGGGAGCUGGCGGUGUGGCCCGCGGCGGCGCAGAGAAAGCGCCUCCUGCAGCUGCAGCAGUGGCGGAGGCGCCGGCCGCCCGCGCCCCGCGGCGACGGCGAGGAGGCCGCCUGGGAAGAGACCCCCGGCCUGGCCGGGGGUCCCGGCGGCUCCGGGGCCGGGAGCAGCGUGGCCGAGGCCCCGCCGGGGACCCUGGCCCUGCUGCUGGACGAAGGCAGCAAGCAGCUGCCGCAGGCCAUCAUCAUCGGCGUGAAGAAGGGCGGCACGCGGGCGCUGCUGGAGUUCCUGCGCGUGCACCCCGACGUGCGCGCCGUGGGCGCCGAGCCCCACUUCUUCGACCGCAGCUACCACAAGGGCCUCACCUGGUACCGGGACCUGAUGCCGAGAACCCUGGACGGGCAGAUCACCAUGGAGAAGACGCCCAGCUACUUCGUGACCCGGGAAGCGCCCGCGCGCAUCUCGGCCAUGUCCAGGGACACCAAGCUCAUCGUGGUGGUGCGGGACCCGGUGACCAGAGCCAUCUCGGACUACACGCAGACGCUCUCCAAGCGGCCCGACAUCCCCACCUUCGAGAGCCUGACGUUCAGAAACAGAACCGCGGGCCUCGUGGACACGUCGUGGAGCGCCAUCCAGAUCGGCAUCUACGCCAAGCACCUGGAGCGCUGGCUGCGCCACUUCCCGCUCGGCCAGAUGCUCUUCGUGAGCGGCGAGCGGCUCAUCAGCGACCCGGCCGGCGAGCUGGGCCGCGUGCAGGACUUCCUGGGCCUCAAGAGGAUCAUCACGGACAAGCACUUCUACUUCAACAAGACCAAGGGCUUCCCCUGCCUGAAGAAGGCCGAGGGCAGCAGCAGACCCCACUGCCUGGGCAAGACCAAGGGCCGGACCCACCCCGAGAUCGACCGCGAGGUGGUGCAGCGGCUGCGCGACUUCUACCGGCCCUUCAACUUGAAGUUCUACCAGAUGACCGGGCACGACUUUGGCUGGGAUGGAUGACAAUAUAAUUUAAAAAGAAAAAAAAAAUAUCAAAAUAUAAUAUAUUUUUUUACCAAUCGGUAGAGAAAAGGCAGUUUAAUAUUUGUGCUGAAAAUAUUUGUUUCAGUAUUUUUUUCAAUGAAUGUUGAGAUUGUCCUCACCUCCACCCUUAUCUUCAUGUAUAACCUACACCAAACAUUUGGAUCAACAAAAAAGGAAAACUUCACUCACCUAAAUGCUUGCCAUUUUCGGUUUUUAUUUUCUGUUUUAUGUAUGCAAUCAUGAAGUGUGCACAGCAGUUGCCAUUAAAACUUUUAAGAAAAUCCUGAGGGUAAAUCUCUCUCUCUCUUUUUUUUUUUGAACAAGGUCCAGAUAAAAUUGAUAUUUAUCCUUAUGUUUUUCUCCCUUUAACUUUUUUCCUGUGUCACUUUUUAAAAAAACAUUUCCCAAUUAAUAAUAUUACAUUAGUGGUUUGCACACCACCUCACAGUUGUCACCGUGCUUUCAAAUAAAACGUCUUUUCUGAUCCUUAUACUACUAUGUGGUAUCAGAACUUGGUACCUAGAGAUUAUUAUCCCCAUUUUACAGAUAAGGAAACUGAGUCUCAGGGAGACUUAUCUUAAGGCCAGAUGGCAGACCCUGGACAAAACCCUGCUUGUUCCUUGUUUUACGCCACUUUUUACAGGGAGAAUGGGGAAUAAGACAUCUGUACUGCUAGAAAUGAUUAGCUAGUUUGGGGAUGAUCUGAGAUGGGGCAGAGGGUUUCCUGUUGCUUUCUAAGUUCCAGGCAGCCUUCUGGACUCAGUCACAUCACACAGCUGUGCUCAAGGAAACCACUCAGAUCUGGACACGUCUUUUAAGAGCCAAUCUUGGCUUUUAAAGUACCCUGAGAUAGGGAAAUGAGCUUGACUGAAGUUGACAGAAAUCACUGGAUUCUCGUAUUGAGACCGAGAUGGACAGCCACACCAGGAUCAGGGCGAGAUGUGGUAGGAGCACAACUUCCCUAUUUGUUGUUUUGACCGUCAUUUUUUUUUUUUUUAAAAAAGGAAAAAUCCGGGUCUGCCCCAUGGCGCAGCGGUUAAGUGCCUGCGCUCUCCGCUGCGGCAGCCCGGGGUUCACAGGUUCGCAUCCCGUGCACACACUGACGCACCGCUUGUCAAGCCAUGCUGUGGCGGAGUCCCAUAUAAAGUAGAGGAAGAUGGGCACGGAUGUUAGCCCAGGGCCAGUCUUCCUCAGCAAAAAGAGGAGGAUAGGCAUCGGAUGUUAGCUCAGGGCUGAUCUUCGUCACACACACACACACACACACACACACACACACACAAAAGAAAAAUCCACUUCAGUCAGAGCUUACAA